AUGCUGUCUCUGCAAAUCUUCAACAAGUUACAGCAUACACACGUUCGAAGUGACGUCAUCACCCUAACGAGCGCCAUCAAUGCAUGUGACAAAGGCAAUUCUUGGCAGCUGGCGAUUCAUUCAUUCUUCUGGUGGAGAGAUUUUGUGGUUCCGAACGCCAUCACGUGCACAACUUUGAUGAGUGCUCUCAACACAAAGGCUGAAUGGCAACAGUGCCUUUGCCUCUUCCAAUUUUGCCUUGCAGCACGUUUUCAGGCCGAUGCAAUCUUGUUCAGUGCAGCCAUCAAUGCUUGCGCAGAAGGAAGUCAAUGGCAGGAAGCUUUCAGAAUUUUGAAUUCGAUGAAACCAUGGUCAUUCCUACCGGACAGUAUCAUGAUGAACGCGGCAAUCAGUGCUUGCGAGAAAGCAGAAGAGUGGCAAUGGGCCCUGCACUUGCUGGAUUCCUUCGCAAUGCUUGCUUUGCUUCCAUGUGUGGUGUCCUUCGCGGCAGCAGCCAGUGCAUGUGAAAAGGCUGCGCAGUGGCAAUUUGCCUUGGAGCUUCUCAAGGAAGCCAAACAAGCCAAAAGCCAAACGAGGAUAGACGUCAUUAUGUACAACGCUGCCAUCAGCGCAUGUGGCCGAUGUAACCAGUGGCUCUACGCCUUGAACUUGCUGGCAGACAUGGAGGCCGUGAAAGUGCUACCAAGCAGCGUGACAAUGAAUGCGUGCAUUACAGCUGCGCCAAACUACCAAGAGGCUAUAGAUUUGCUGGGAAGCAUUGAAAGCAGGUCUCUAGAAGCCGAUGUAAUUGGCUACAACGCUGCCAUCACCGCUUGCGAGAAGGACUAUCAAUGGCCCACUGCUUUGCUUCUGUUGGGACAUCUCGUUCACCGUACCUUAGAAGCAACUGUGGUUACCUGGACUUCUGCCUGCGCCGCUUGUGCGGCCUCUGGAAUUUGGCAACAUGCACUGACUGUACAGGCUGUACAGGAUCUGAAUGAACUUACCUUUGAUGCCGCCAUUCGCAGCUGUGCUGUUGCGCAAAAAUUGACUCUUAGGAGAUCUUGA